UUUUGAGUAGCUGAAGGUAAAAUUUAAACUAAAAACAUUAGUAGAGCACGAGCACUUCCCGUGUUUUUUAAAUUCCAACCACUGGGAUAGGGCGUUGUUUUCGCGACGUCACCUAUAUCUUACCUUGUAUUUUAAAAGACCACAUUUUAUUUGCAUUUCCCCUGCUUUUUCUUUUGCUCUCUUACAUUUUUAACCUCUACAGUAUUCCUGCAAAAUGGCAAGACCAGUGAGAAACAGAAAAGUGGUGAAUUACUCCCAGUUUAACGAAUCUGACGAUGCAGAUGAGGACUAUGGGAAAGACAGGGAAAUUGUAAAGAAGGUUCGUGCUCCCCCUCGUGAAGUCAAGCACAAGAAGCCCAAGAACUCAAAGGAAGAGAGUGAGGAUUCAGAUGACAAACUCUCCAAAUCCAAAAAUGAUUCUGCAGAUGACUUGGGUAGUGAUGAAGACAACAACUUUGGAAAGGAGGAAGAGGAUGAAGAUGGAGGAAGUGACUAUGAUGAUAAAAAAGCCAAAAAGGCAAAGAAAGCAAAGGUGGAGAAGCCAGGCAAACGGUCACUGAAGAGGAAACGAGGUGGAGAUGACAGCGAUGAUGAUAAAGAAGUGAGCAGGAAACCCAGACAGGUGAGGCAGGCUGCAUCGAAGGCUGUGUCCAAACAGAGAGAAAUCCUGCUGGGAGAUGGAGGCAGUGAGGAGGAGGAAAAAGAUGAGGAAGAACAGCCGUUCGUAGACCAAGAAUCAGGCAGCGAUGAUGACUUUAUGGUCGAUGACGAUGAUGACAGUGACUACGGACGCUCCAAAAAGAAAGGCAAAAAAGUGAUUCAAAAAGGAAGGAAAGUGGAGAAGAAAGAAAAGAAGUCUCCUAAACCCCGGCUAAAGGCCACAGUGAACCCCAGCCCUGUGAAAGGUAAAGGGAAGGGUCGCCCCAGUGCAGCUAAAGCGCUGGAGAAAUCCUCACCCAAAGACGAUGAAGAACCAGAGAGCCCUCUGGAAGAUGAGGAAGAAGAUGAGAUGGAGAAGAAAGAGUCUCCUCCCAAAAAGACAAAGGAAGACGCCCCUGAGGAUGAGGAAGAGGAAGAAGAUGGCUCAGAAGAGGAGGCUCCAUCUGGGGAAGAUUAGCCAUGUUAUUAACGACUUCCCCUGCUUCUCUUUCCCUUUACACUAUUUCCUAUUUGUCUUUUUUUUUUUUUUCUUUUUUUUUUUUUAUUCCAAGUUUUAUUUUUUUUUUUUAGUGUUUGUUGUGGCCUGGCACAAUGGUUUGAACGUUUUUUUUUUUCUCCUUGCCUAUAAAUUCCAUAUCGCAAAGGACAUUUUCCAAAACUUGUGAGCAUAUAUCUCUAUAUAUAUUAUUGAGUAAAAUGUGUCUGAGUCUGUUUAUUUAUGGGUAUGAAAUCCCAAGGGAAGCCCGAUUUUUCCAACCAGUAGGUUAGGUGCUCACCCAGGGAAAUAUCAUAAAAGUUUUCUUUGAAAAACGUUGUCAGCCUUUGUGCAAAAGCUCAUUUAUUUGUUUUUAUGACAUGUAUAAAGCUUAAAGUUCACUCUGUCAUGUUGUGACCAAUCAUUGGGCUGGAAACACAAAUUUGUGUAAAUUGUUCGUGAAACCAUUUUUAAGUAAUUCGUUGCUGUCAAUUCAAUGUGGCAAUUUACAGAACAAUGCACCUCAUUCAUGAAACGCAAGCAGAACAAAUUUCUGUGUAAAUCUUUCAUAAUGCCGUUCUUGCAUAAAUUGCAUCAAAUAAUUUUGUGUAAAUUUGUUCGUAAAACCGGCAAUUUUGCGGAACCGUGGUUUUACAAACAGUUUGCGCAGCGGUUCGUUUUGCUCAUGUUUAAUGAACCAGGCCCAUUGUUACAUAAUGUCUUAUUCAAUUUGUUCGUCAAACCAUUCUUAUGUAGUAAUAAUAAUAUUUUGGAACAUUAUUAUGAACCAUUUCUACAGAAUUUAUUUUCAUGCAUGAUCCCCAAUGAGUUUGCUGUGUCGUGACUUCUCCAGAAAGACAUUUGUUACACAAUUUCCACUUUUUUUUUUUUUUUUUGUAUCCCAGUACUCAAGUCGUUUUGUAUUUAUUCAAUAUGCGCUACUAGCUCUUUUUUUUUUUUUUAAAUAUAUAAUUUUUUUUUUACCAGAUCAAACGCAACGAUGGGAAAAUGCAUCUACACCAAGACAAACUCAUGUUUGGAGAAUAAAUUUUAUCAUAUUAUUGUAUUUUUUAUUUUAAGGUUUGGUUUUUAUUUCUGUAAAUGAAAGGUAACACUUUUCCAGGUUUAGAACAAGUUGAGCUUGUGGUAUGCUGUACAUUACCACAGAAAAUGAUUUGAAUUUGAAACUCAGUUUGUCAAAAUAUGCAUUAAUAGUUGGCACCUAUAUGUCAGCGGGGCAAGCUCAACUAUUGCCCCAUAAACUUCUAUUGUAAGUGUUUCAACACACUUUUUUUUUUGUGGUUGUUUUUACAAACUGAGCUAUGAAUAAAAAUAGUUUUUGGUGUUCAUCCACACCAUGCCGCAAGAUACCCUUUAUAGAGCUUAUAUUGACUUGUAUUAAACCCAGAAAUGUUCUUUUAGGAAUUUAGUUUUGUUUUUCAAUUUCAUUGUUUUUUUCUUUGUCCACUAGAUCAUCUCGUAUAAAGGCUGCAGUACGAAUGCUUUCAUCUCUUUUGUCAGAGAAGGCCUGCAUGAGCGUGCUGAAACCGGUCCUUUAAACAGUUGAUCGUACCGUCAGGAAAUGUGAAUCUGAUCUGAGGUCGCGCACAUUGUUGCUGCCUUUCGAAAACGUUUUUAUUUUAUUUUUUUAUACCGCAGAGUUAAACGUUACAAACCAGUGCUAGCUUUGACAUACCUAAUUUGUUUGGAGAUUGUAUUGCAGAAUGUCGGGGAAGGUCUUUCAUUUAGCAAAUCACGUAAAUAUUGUCGCUAUGUACGCCCUGGAUCAGUUGUGUUUGUCAUGACAGAGAAAGGCAUAUUUGCACUGUGACGUUGGAGAAGAACUGUACUAUUCAUACCAUAUGUGUGUUUGCUCGUAAAAUAUAUUUCUGUUGCUGCUUGUUUUUAGUUUCAGACACAUAUAUGAUGUAUAUCCCAUAAUGCAUUAAAGGGGCUUUUCUGUCUGCAGUGCAUAAAUUGCAUCCUGAUAUGGUUCGAUCUUUCUGCCAGGCAUCUCUCAAUAUUUUCCACUUGUGCGGUCUAAAUUGGUUUUUAACCUUGCAGUCCUAAAACACAUAUGAAUGUUUUGUCUUUUGUGCUUUUAAAAUUUUAUUUGAAAUUGGUUUCUUCAUUUUUUUUCCCCCUCAGAUUUUUUUGUAAUGUUUGUUUUUUUAAGAAAAGAAAUAAAAUGUAUCUUCAUUUUA